UGGUAUUAUAUUGGAUCGAAUUCGGAACAUUUUUUGAUGAAUAAAGCUUUUUCGUAUGAAAUGGCGUUUGGUGGUGCUGGAAUUGCUAUAAGUUCUCCGUUAGCUAAAGUUCUUGGCAAAGUGUUUGAUACGUGUAUCGAAAGGUACCCUCACCUUUUUGGUAGUGAUGCUAGGAUUUAUUCAUGUUUGGCUGAGCUUGGUGUUGGGUUAACCCAUGAACCCGGUUUUCAUCAGUUGGAUGUAAGAGGAAAUAUGUUUGGAGUAUUGGCUGCACAUACACUAAGACCUUUGGUAUCUCUGCAUCAUUUGGAGAUGAAUGAUCCUAUAUUUCCAAACAUGACGAAAAUGAAAUCUCUGGAGCAUUUAUACGAUGCUGCAAAGUACGAUCCUCAUCGUAUUUUGCAGCAAACAGUAUGCUACGAUCGUUGGUUUACUUGGACAGUUUCUGUAUCGUGGGGAUACGCUGUUCAAGUUUUCAGCUAUAACAUCUUCUUGCCCGAUGCUCUACGUAUACAGGAGAGUUAUAUUCCGUGGCAAACGAGUGAUUUAGCUAGACAUUAUGACUUUGAUACAAGGCCAUAUGAACCUGAUCCUUGCAAAAGACAGCUUGUUUAUUUUCUACAUAAUGUGUCUACUGGAAUUAAUGGACAAAUCAAGACUAUUUACAGGAAAAAAACCCCUGAGAAUUGUACUAUCACAAUGGUGUCACCUAGAAGACUAGAAGAAAUCAGAGUUGUUUCACAAAAGUUAGAAAUCGACAGAAAACGGUUGCUAUCACCAAGAAGACAAUGCUGUGAUGUAUUACCAUCUACAUCAAGAAAUGUGAUGGAUGUCGCGAUAAGAGAAUGCAAAGAAGACGAACUGAUAUUCAUACACCCUUAGUUGUUGUGACAUUCAACAUGUCGAUAUUAGAUGGCAAAUUGGUGAUGGGAUAUGAAGGAUUUAUAAGAACAGAGGAUUUUCGCGGUUAUCCCCAAUUAAGCCAAUACUAUUUUGCUCUCUCAAAGCAUAACAUCUACUCUCCUUUGCUUGUGAAGUAGAUUUAGGAAAGCAGAUUAGGAAAUUUAACUAUGAAGUUAGUAGGAUUAGAGUGUACUUAAGGAAAGGGAAUUAUAAUUAUAUAGUAUGUAACUACAAAGCUAUACACAUCUGCAUAA